UCAGCCACCGGCCUCACCCAGCACGCAAGAAGCCAUCCAGGGCAUGCUAUCCAUGGCAAACCUCCAGUCAUCAGAGUCCUGCCUCCAGACAUCGUGGGGUACCAAUCAGGCGAAGAAUAACUCCAUCUCCACACAAAACUCUAAAAAAACGGGCGGUGGCAGCAACAAAGGUGCUGGCAAGCGGCUACUAAAGAAAAGCAAAAAGAACAGUAUUGACAUUGAAGAUUACGAUGAAGAUCAGGACCACUUAGAUGCCUGUUUUAAAGAUUCAGAUUACGUUUACCCUUCUCUCGAAUCAGAUGAAGAUAAUCCAGUAUUCAAAUCCCGAUCAAAGAAAAGGAAAAGCUCAGAUGAUGCCCCUUACAGUCCAACGGCACGAGUUGGCCCCUCGGUGCCUCGGCAAGACAGACCGGUGCGGGAGGGCACCAGAGUUGCCUCCAUUGAAACUGGACUUGCUGCCGCUGCCGCCAAGUUGUCACAGCAGGAGGAACAAAAAGGCAAGAAGAAAAAAAAUACCAAAAAGAAGCUGUCAACCAACAACGUGAACAAACCAGCUCAGGAAGGCAGCUCGCCAGAGCCGAAGCUGGAGUCACAUGCCAGCAGCCUCACAGAUCAUGAGUACACCGCAGGGGCCAGCACCUUUGGGGUCGCCCAGCCUAACAGGGGAUCGCAGCCGAUGGCACCCGGUGUUUUCCUCACACAGAGGAGACCCUCAUCAUCCUCGCAGAACAAUGCCUCUGCCAAAG